AUGCCGGACAUGCAGGGGCUUGUGAAUGAGUUGAUUGACAAGCUUAAAAAACGGCGAGUGAAGGGAUCACUGGAAACUCCUUUGCAGACUGCAGAGCUGCUGAGGUCUGUGAUUUCUGUACAAAAACUUCCUCCUACAAAUAAGGCUGCAGCAUUGAUUAACGCUGUGAGGGAUGUAGGGGAGAAGUUGAUUGCUGCAAACCCUGUUGAACUUUCUGUUGGGAAUGUUAUUAGACGCGUCCUUCAUAUUAUUAGAGAGGAGGAUUUAUCCCCAUCAAGUGAUGAAGCUGGGGAUAAUGAGGAGGAAAUCACUUGGCUCAGAGACAAUACUGCUCCAUAUGUUGCUGAAAUUAUACGCCCUCCAUUACUGCACAUGCUUCAUACCUUUUCAUCUGCCGAGGAAAAAUCCAAAUCUUAUAUAUUUGGAAGGAGCAGGAAGCUAAAGCAUGAUGUCAUUGAGGCAAUUAAUAUGUUAAUCGAAGAUGUUAAUAUCUGUUAUGAACUAAUUGCAGAGCAGGCAGUUGAGCAUAUUCAUCACAAUGAAACGAUAUUGACCCUGGGUUGGUCUAGAACUGUAUUGGAAUUCUUACUUGCUGCGAAGGACAAAAAACGUUCAUUUCAUGUUUUUGUAGCUGAAGGUGCCCCAAGGUGCCAUGGCCAUGCUCUUGCACAAGAGCUUGUUGGAAGAGGUUUAAAAACUACAGUAAUUGCAGAUGCUUCAGUUUUUGCAAUGAUUUCUCGUGUAAACAUGGUUAUAGUUGGAGUUCAUGCGGUGAUGGCCAAUGGCGGUGUCAUUGCUCCUGUUGGCAUGGAUAUGGUCGCACUUGCUGCUCAGAAGUUUGCUGUUCCAGUUGUUGUCGUUGCUGGCAUUCACAAGUUGCGCCCACUGUAUCCGGAAAAUCCUGAGGUAUCAUUAAACGACAUGAGAUCGCCAUCAGAACUGCUGGAGUUGGGAAAGUUCUCCGAUUGCAUGGAUUUUGGAAGCGUAGAUGGUGCUCCUCUCGUUCAUGUGGCCAAUCCUGUGUUCGAUUAUGUGCCGCCAGAACUUGUCAGUCUAGUUAUUACUGACAUAGGAGGGCAUAAGCCAUCAUAUAUAUACAGGCUAAUUGCUGACUACUACUCCAGCCAAGAUUAUGUACGUUAUGGGAGGGAUGCUUUAUUCAAACUCUGAAAUAUUGGCAUCAUCAUUUCCAAAAUGAAGCUUCAAUUAUUCCAAUUCGGGGAAAGA